CUUCCUUCCUUAUUCGCCGGUUUAGGCGAGAUACCCCUAUAUAUGGCGAUCAAUUUGUAGUAUCAAUGGUCAUCAACCUGACAUGAUCAACGCAAACAUGAAGGGUUCUCAGAAGCAGUCAUCUUUUUCACCGCCGAAAUACUUCGACCUCGGAACAUACCAUUGGCCUAUAACUACUACCAGCGAAGAGGCCCAGACCUGGUUUGAUCGAGGCCUCAUUUGGGUUUACGGCUUUAACCACGAGGAAGCCGCAAAGUGCUUUGAGAAGGCUAUCGCCGCCGACGAAGGUUGUGCGAUGGCAUAUUGGGGUUUGGCUUAUGCCCUCGGUCCAAACUAUAACAAGCCAUGGGAUGUCUUCGAUGAAUGUGAGAGGACUGCCAAUCUUAAGCGAACCAAUGCCGCUGCCAGACAAGCAGAGACACUUUCUGCCCCAGCCGAGCCCGUUGAACGUGCUCUCAUCCACGCCAUCCAGUCCAGAUACCCGCAGCAGCGGAUGACCAAGGACUUCUCGCUGUGGAAUAAGAAAUAUGCGGAAGCUAUGGAAUCUGUAUACCGGAAAUUCUCCGAUGAUCUCGACGUAGCGGCAUUGUAUGCUGAUGCACUAAUGAACCUGACGCCAUGGGCGUUGUGGGAUAUACAUACCGGAGAACCGACGCCGGGAUCACGGGUAUUAGAAGCGAAGCAGGUUCUUGACCAAGGUAUAGCUACUGAGGAUGGAUUCAAACACCCUGGUCUCCUUCAUUCAUAUAUUCAUCUCAUGGAGAUGUCAAGCACGCCUGAGAAAGCAUUGACGAUAGCUGAUCGUCUGCGUGACCUCGUUCCAGAUGCUGGGCACUUGAGACAUAUGCCCUCACAUCUGGACAUCAUGUGUGGUGACUACCGUCGAGCCAUUGCCGCGAACUCAGAAGCAAUCUUGGCUGACGAGAGAUUUGUUGCCCAAGAGGGACCUUUCAAUUUCUACAGCCUCUACAGAACACACAACUAUCAUUUCCGCAUCUAUGCCGCCAUGUUCUCUGGACAGUCAAAAAUUGCUCUUGAAAGUGUUGCACAGAUCGAAAAGUCUUUUCCAGAGGAGUUGCUUCGUGUCGAGUCCCCGCCAAUGGCAGACUGGUUGGAAGGUAUUCUGAGCGUGCGUGUGCAUGUUUUCAUACGGUUCGGGCUAUGGCACGAUCUUCUGAGUCUCGAGUUCCCAAAGGAUCAAGAACUCUACUGCGUGACGACGGCAAUGAUCUAUUAUGGGAAAGGUGUGGCUCUUGCAGCUACUGGAAAGGUUGAGGAAGCGGAGGAAGAACGAACGCGCUUUCGUGACGCCGUGAAACGAGUUCCUUCUUCUCGCACAAUCUUCGCCAAUAAAUGCAUCGAUGUCCUAGACGUCGCUGGAGCAAUGCUCGAUGGCGAGCUUGCCUACCGCCAGGGCAAUUUCGACCUUGCAUUCGAAGAAUUGAGGCGGUCUAUCUCCCUCGAUGACGCGCUUCCGUAUGAUGAGCCUUGGGGGUGGAUGCAACCAACUCGACAUGCAUACGGUGCUCUGCUACUGGAGCAGGGGCAUGUUGGAGAGGCUGCCGCUGUGUAUAGUGCUGAUCUUGGGAUGGACAACGUGAUUCCACGGGCUUUGCAACAUCCGAAUAAUGUUUGGGCUUUGCAUGGAUAUCAUGAGUGUUUGUUGAAGCUUGGACGGAAAGCUGAGGCGAAGAUCUUGGAGCCGCAAUUGAGACUGGCUCUCGCCAUUGCAGAUGUGGCAAUUCGUUCUUCUUGCUUCUGUAGACUAAAUACGUCAAGUUAGCCAAUCCGAAUUCAUAAG